UUCAUUUGCCUUUGCAUUUGAGUUUCAUUUCAGACUGCUCGUUUCCCUUUCUUUUUAUUCUCCUCUUUUAGCAUUUUCAUUUCUAAGCAGCGCUGCGAUCCAAAUAAGUAAAUCAAAGUCAACCGAUCCGACCGCUUUUUUUUUUCUUUGUGUUUGUUUAUUUAUUUCCACGAUUUUGCGGUCAGUGGUGAAAGGGGGGAAUUGGGUGAUCGGACGGUGGAGGAACAAGGAUGCCGUCUCAGGGAGAUCUGGAUCGUCAGAUCGAGCACCUGAUGGAGUGUAAGCCGCUGUCUGAGGCGGAGGUGAAGGCGUUAUGCGAGCAGGCACGAGCAAUACUAGUGGAGGAAUGGAACGUACAGCCUGUGAAGUGUCCGGUAACGGUAUGUGGAGAUAUUCAUGGACAGUUUUACGAUCUAAUAGAGCUGUUUCGGAUAGGAGGGAAUGCGCCUGAUACAAAUUAUCUCUUCAUGGGAGAUUAUGUAGAUCGUGGGUACUACUCAGUUGAGACUGUCACACUCUUGGUGGCACUAAAAGUCCGUUAUAGAGAUAGAAUCACAAUCCUUAGAGGAAAUCACGAGAGCCGUCAGAUUACACAAGUGUAUGGUUUUUAUGAUGAAUGCUUGAGAAAAUACGGAAAUGCUAAUGUAUGGAAGCAUUUUACAGAUCUGUUUGAUUAUUUACCCCUCACAGCUCUUAUUGAGAGUCAGGUCUUUUGUUUGCAUGGAGGACUUUCACCAUCGUUGGACACAUUAGACAAUGUUCGAGCAUUGGAUCGUAUACAGGAGGUUCCUCAUGAAGGACCAAUGUGUGAUCUCUUGUGGUCUGAUCCUGAUGACCGCUGUGGAUGGGGUAUAUCUCCGCGUGGUGCUGGUUAUACGUUCGGACAAGAUAUUGCAGCUCAGUUCAACCAUACCAAUGGUCUCAGUCUGAUUUCAAGAGCCCAUCAACUCGUCAUGGAAGGAUACAAUUGGUGUCAGGAGAAGAAUGUGGUGACUGUCUUCAGCGCCCCAAACUAUUGUUACCGAUGUGGGAACAUGGCUGCAAUUUUAGAGAUUGGGGAGAAUAUGGACCAGAAUUUUCUUCAGUUUGAUCCGGCACCCCGGCAAGUUGAACCUGACACCACACGCAAGACUCCUGAUUAUUUUUUAUAAAUUCUUUUUUAAUUCAUAUAAUAUAUACUACAUGUAAUAUAUAUUCCUGCUAUAGCUGUUUCUAUCCCCUGUUUGGAAGCGAGAAGCUAUUUGUUGGUUUAAGUUGAGGUUCAUCGACAAGAUCAUUCAUUCA